AACUUCGGGAAAUCGCACCCGCCGCUACACAGAGAGCUACGUCGGUGUUGUCAACAAUGGAAGUUGAUCAUCUCUUUAUUUAGCCUUGAUAAUAUUUGCAGAUCAAGUGUGCAAUCAGCUGAUAGGCACAGUAAUUUAGUGACCUUUCUAAGAUGGCUAAGGAGCCUGGCCGUGUACUGAAACCAUUCAACAGUUCUAGUGGUCCAGAUAUCAUCUCGCCAGUUAAACCGGGCACAGCUUUGUUACAGGCCAAAGAAAAUACAUCCACUUGUGCACAACCUGAAAGAAAACAGUGGUGUUUGCAGGAUUUUGAUAUAGGGAGGCCAUUGGGUAAAGGAAAGUUUGGGAAUGUGUACCUGGCCAGAGAGAAAUCCACCAAAUAUGUUGUAGCAAUAAAGGUACUGUUUAAGUCGCAGUUACAGAAAGCCGGUGUUGAGCACCAGCUUCGACGGGAGAUAGAAAUACAGUCGCAUCUGAGCCAUCCCCACAUUCUGCGCUUGUUUCAAUACUUCCAUGACAAGACAAGAGUCUACCUGGUCCUGGAGUAUGCCCCUAAGGGAGAACUUUACAAGGAGCUCAUGAAGAAUACAAGAUUUGAUGAGAAACGGACAGCAACAUAUAUGUACCAGAUGACUAGUGCCCUGCUGUACUGCCACAGUAAAAAGGUCAUCCACAGGGACAUCAAACCCGAGAACCUCCUCCUUGGACUUACAGGAGAUCUAAAAAUCGCUGACUUUGGCUGGUCAGUUCAUGCUCCCUCGUCUAGGAGAACCACACUCUGCGGAACCUUAGAUUACCUACCUCCAGAAAUGAUUGAGGGCAAACUUCACGAUGAGAAGGUGGAUCUGUGGAGUUUGGGCGUGCUAUGUUACGAGUUCCUUGUAGGGAAACCUCCUUUUGAGGCAGAGACCAACUCAGAUACAUAUAGACGGAUAACCAAAGUGGAUCUUCAGUUCCCUCCAUAUGUGUCCCAUCCAGCUAGAAAUCUUAUUAGUAUGUUGCUAAAGCAUGACCCCAGUCAGCGCAUUACUCUGGAAAAGGUACUGGAACAUCCCUGGAUCAAAGAAAACCAGCGCCCAGCAGCACCAUAGAAAAAAUCAUUAUCAGAAUGCAAGGGGCAGUCCAAGUUCUCCAGAUAGGAGGAUAAAAGAAAAGGAAACAAAUUCUUCAAUAUCCCAGUACCAACCAGUCAUUCAAGAUAAAAGGAUAUCAUGUUAAAAAUAGCAACGAUGCUGCAUACAAGCAGUGUUUGGAUGUGGGGUGUUGUGUAAGGCGAUUGGGACAUCUGUGUCAUCAACAUAAUGCCCAUGCCUACCUGGGUCCCAAAACAUUGACUGAAGGAUUUGUGAUGGUACAACUUUGUGAUAUUUCUUAACACUGGCGCUGUGUCACCUGUUUUACUGUGAUUAUCAAACAUACUGACAGUAAGAUUUGUGAGAGAAACUGGUGUUUGUGGACAAUAGAUCUUGAUACGCAUAAACCAAAAAGGCAUUCAGUGUAUUCAAUAGAAUAUAAAUAAACAUGAAACUAGAUCCAGUGUCAUGAUAUUAAAAGAAAUGAAUUUGUCACAAAUUUCAGCCAUUUUUUUGUGGGCACAAUAUACAUAUAUUUUUGGAAUCAGCUAAUCUGGAAAAAAUUGGUUGUCAUUCCUGAAGUUUUACAUGUAGUAUAGAAGUAUAUUUAGGAUUGUGUUUUCUGCGUGUGUGCGUCACCGUGAAAUAUACAUGUAUCUCUAUCAUGUAGACUAAAGCUGCAUCAUCCUUUGUGUCCCUUUGUAAUGUGUUCUAUAUAUAAUUCUAUCCUUCUCACUACAGACAAAUAGUCAAACGGGUUAUUCUACUCUCCCUAUGAACUCUUCAUUACUUUAAUUUCUGUGGUUUUUUUUUUUAUAUCUUGUGUGUUAACCUUAAUAUCUUGUCAGAAUUCCUAUGGCAAUAUAUAGGAGACGAUACUAGAUUUUCAUCUUAAGCUCCACUUGAAAACAAUAGAAUUUGUCAAAAACACAUUGAACCAUUUUGUUUCUCAACUUGUAUUGAAUAAGAAUUAUUACUUCUUACAGUUUCAUUUUGAUUCGGAUAAUAAAAGAAAUUUUGUACUUGUUUCAUAAAUCACAUAAAAGAUACUGUUCCCUUAUAUAUAUAUAAAUACAUUGAUAUUUGAAUCCAUUGACAUGUUUACUAUCAUCCUCGAUAUUUCAGGAAUUACAUUCAAUUCCACUCUGGGCACCUCUGGAAUAUAUUAUACAAUUGAAUUCUCAGUCAUUACCAUAUUGUCGAUAAAACAAAUUUCCUAUUAUGUACAUUAAACAAAUUUUCAGCAUGCUGUUAAA